CAGUUGCAGCCACCUUAAACAGCGACGAUCUGUUACCAGAAAGUAAUAUGGAAAAUACUAAGCGGUAUAUAAUAGGACAAACUAUGACACUAGAUGGUGGUGUAACGACGCAGUUAAAUAUAUCACAUAUAAGAGUUGAUGAUGGUGGCCUUUACGCAUGUGUUGCACAUCAAGGUGAAACCAUUAUUGCCCACCAAGAUAGGGUUAAUGUAUACGGACCGCCUUAUAUUCGAACAUUACCACCGUUUAAGGUGCAAAGUGGUCAGAGUGUCACGCUACGUUGCCCAUAUUAUGGUUACCCCAUUAGAGAAAUUAUAUGGGAGCACAAAGGUAAAGAGAUAGCAAAAGAUGCUACGCAUCAGGCGCAUCGCUAUAAAAGAUUUAUCAAUUAUACUGCCCUUAGUGUAGAAAUAUUUGGACGCAAGCCAAAAUUAAGACAAAAACGUGAUGCUACAGUAUCCAGAGAUGGUGUAUUAAAUAUAGCAAAAGUUACAAAAAGUGACAAUGGGGCAGCCUAUGCUUGCAUAGUGAAAAGUCCAUCUGGUGAAAUGGCAAAAAGAUCAUUCGAAUUGCAAGUAGUUGAAGCUCCACAGUUAGAAGAAAUUUUGUUAGCAUCAGAUUUGAGAGAAGGACAAAUCGUACAAAUUCACUGCAAUCUGAAAAGUGGCGAUUCUCCGGUGUAUUAUUCUUGGUUAAAAGAUGGUAAAAAAGAUACCUACACAUUUAAAGUCGCUCCGAAAUGGAGUGAAGAACCACACAAUACGUCCCUACUUCUGGGUAGAAACGGACAUGUAUCCUGUAGUGCUAACGGAUAUCCUCAACCACAGACGCAUUGGUUGAAAAAAGAUGAACCUGUUACAUUUGAUAUGGUAUCUAGAAAUUUAACGGCAAAACUAGGGCAACAUAUUACAAUUGAAUGUCAGGCAAAAGGAGACGAUCCUAUUAGAAUUAUGUGGACAAGAAAUGCAAAGCCAAUCAACCCUCUAACCCAAAGAAUUAAAAUAUCUGAGACUAAAUCAGACGAAGGCAUGACAAGUGUUCUAGAAAUUUUACAAACGGAGACUACUGAUGGCGCUGUUUAUCAAUGUAGAGCAGGAAAUCCUUAUGGUGCAGAUGUUUACAGUGUAUAUUUGACCAUAUUAGAACCACCACUGCCCCCAUCAGACCUGACAGUGGAUUCAAUUAAAAGUCGGUCAGUAAAACUAUCAUGGAUUGAUAUGCCGCGAUCUUUAGCCCAAUUUUACAGUUUACAAAUUGCGACUAGUCAACGCCUAUCUUGGAAUAAUGCUAAAACUAUAAAUGUGACACGGUUAGAUGAGAUACGUCACACUGUUGAAGUUGGUGAUUUACUGCCAGCGACAGCUUACACAGUUAGAGUAGCUGGAGGAAACCAAGCAGACCUUAGCUCUUUUUCCUCACCCGUAAAAUUUACUACUACUGAAGAAGCUCCAUCGUCUCCUCCAUUAGCUGUGCAAAUAGAGCAAACAGACGUACCAGGAGAAAUAAAAGCAAAAUGGCUGCCUCCACCUGCUGAUACUCACAACGGAUUAAUUAUAGGGUACAGGUUACGAGCUGUACCACAAAUCAACGGAGUAAAAGAAACACAAGAUGUAAACGACAAAAUUAUCAAGACUUCGUCUUUGUAUUCAAAACAAGAAACCAUUAUCACAGGAUUACUAAAAGGUGUAAGGUACGCAGUUUCCAUAGCAGCAUUCAACGGCGCUGGGGCUGGCCCUUUCUCCAUACCUUUGUUUCAAGACACAAGGGAAGGAGCACCGGAAGAAGGCCCAUCAUCAGUAGAAUGUAGCGGCGUUACAUCCACUGCUCUAAGAAUAAGCUGGCAACCGAUCCCACCUCACAGGCAGGCGGGAGCACUUAUUGGUUACACUGUUCUUUACGCGGCACAAGCGCGACACUGGCAGAACGCUACGUCUCUUGUGACAGAGUUGCGCCUGCAAGGCUUGCACAAAUAUACAAACUAUACGGUCAAAGUCGCGGGUUUCUCUAACUACGGCACUGGACCGUUUUCCUUUCCUAUUGUUUGUGCAACUCUUCAGGACGUUCCUGAUACUCCAGCUGAGAUAAAGCUGUUAUCGCAAUCAUCCAACACACUUUUAGUAAGCUGGAAGAAACCAAAGCAUCCAAACGGGAGAUUACUGCAUUAUACAGUUUACUGCAAACCAACUGCAAGUAAUGAUGGUCCACAAGUGAUCAGAGUGGAUGCAGAAGAAACAAUUGACGUUUAUGAAAAGACACAAACUUUGGAACUUAAAGCUUUAUACGAAGGUCGACAGUACGAUGUAUGGGUCACUGCCAGUACUGCAGUAGGGGAAGGACCUGAAAGUAAACACGUGACGAAUACUCCGUCUCAGAGAGUAGUAGCAGGUGUGGCUUCAUUAGGAGGGGACGUCACGGUGGCUGUGCGUAAUUCUCUACUCUUAGAAUGUAAGAGUGUGGGAUCUCCUCCACCCAGGACAGUAUGGUAUCAUAACCAAAAUAUCAUUACACAUCAUCCCCGAUUCACAAGGAACAGAGACGAUAGUUUACUUAUCAAAAGCAUUGACCAAUCCUUGAGCGGUAAUUAUACAUGCUUAGCAAAGAAUCUGUACGGGUCUGAUUCAGUCGUAUACACAGUAAGGGUCUUACCAUUACCUGAUCCACCCACAUUAAGAGCUACACCAUACAAAGACUCAAUCGUAGUCGAAUGGGAUGAAAUUAAACUACAUGGAAAUGACUCUUUAACAUAUGGAAUAAGAAAAACUGUAGGUUAUAAUUUGACUUGGCGCGAAGGCGAUGGAACAUGGCAGGAAGCGUGGCCCGUGGCACGGGAGACACGUUUACCGGGCAUUCAACAACACGCCCUGGCUGGCUUGAAAUGUGGUACAAAAUAUUCAAUUAGAGUAACUGCUACAGAUAACGUGGGGACGUCUGCUCCAGCACAUAUUGAUGUUACAACCUUGGGAGGAGCACCUGUAUCACCUCCGACAACUGACUGGCUAUGGAGUAAUGCCACACAUAUUUACAUCCAACUUAGUGGAUGGGAUGACGGCGGUUGCGACGUGACAAGAUGGGAUGUGGAAUACAGGCUUCUCGGUUCAAACCAAUGGCAAAAAGCCGAGAACAGAGUGCCUAUGGAACUAAAUUUAGGUUGGGGCUUCAUCGAUGGUCAUUACCAUGCACCACCUUUACGGUCUAUUCCUGCCUCUUAUGCUGUCGGUUCCCUUGAUCCUGGAAAUUGGUAUCAACUGAGAGUCACUGCUGUAAACGAUGCUGGAACUGCUUCAACAAUCUACACAUAUGCAACAAAAACGAUUGAUGGAGAAAUCGGCCCUCCUUCGGAAAUUCUAGACCUGAAUAUGCUUGUAAUAAUAUGCAGUUCUAUUCUCCUUAUAAUUUGUUUGCUCGCUUUCAUCUGCAUAUUGUUUAAAAGACACAGGCAAGGUUACUCUUCCCAGUACCGCCAUUCCAUCGCCGAUGAAGUUAAAUCGCGGAAUGAACCUAUCGCUGUCCACACAGAGCAAAAGGAACGUUAUGCCCACACGCCUCGAAUAUAUACGUCACCGAUACAUCCUAGAAAACCUACUAAAAAUGAAAUGUUCGAAAUUAGUCCCUAUGCGGAAUUUGCACUUGGCUUUCGGACAUUUGAACAUGUCGAGAAUCAAGACCUGCCUAAUCGACUACCGGGAAGACCAAGGUUUGACACUGAAACAAGUUUCCAAAAUCGCUCAGAAUCCGACGAUAGUGACAGCACUUCAAAAGCUACAGUAACUGCUAUGCCAAGACGGCAUUGCCGUACACCCCAUCAUAGAUAA